UUCGCAACGUUCGAGGCGCUCGCCCACCGCUUCUAUGGAACGCGACGCUCAUUGACAAGCAGAAGCCGCGGCGUCGGGGAGGCGGCGGCCCGCGCAGAGCCGCGGCCGUGGUUUGCUGCCGUGUGCUCGAAGGCGGCACAAGCCCCAGCCGCGCAGGAUGAGUCGGUCUCCGCGGAAGCGGCCAGCCUCGCAGGCGGGACGUGGUGAAUGAAAGGAGGGCUCCCCCGCGGUGAAGGAAGCCCCAGCGCGGCAGCGCAAGCCCGCCGUUAGCUAGCGCAGAGCCGCUUUGGGUGAGGCAGUACUGAUGCGGUUUGCAGCUCCAGGCGCGCUAGAAGUCGGCGCUUCUGGAUUCUGCGUUUGCUGAUCUGUGAAAGAUCUUAGGUUGAUGCCGCUUCCGGCCAAGGCCUUCUGUUAUGUAAAACAGAGUAUGCGGGAAUAUCACCUUUAAUCGCGGCGAUGCAAGGCGAGCUUUUUGUGCUCUCGACGGCCCCCGUUUUGGAGCGUCUGUUUCCACUUCUGGGGUUUACGAUGUCCAACGUUUUCCUUGGGGUCGAGAGCUCUGACGGUGUCCACCUCGCCCCUUGAUGCCUUCAUCUCUUCACCAAGAUGAUGGCCUAUUAUUGCUGCAAGGCCUGGACACUCCUGUCACGUGCCAGAAUUCUCGCCGCCAGGCGAUCUUUCUAUUUACUGAGCGAAUGGGGUAGGGCCCCAGUUAGACACCUCGCGAAGGAUGGUCAAAGCUGGUUCCCAUGCCGAGCUUUUGCGAAGAUCACUUUCGUGUGCUGGGGGAUUGGAGGACUGUCACAGGGGGUGAGGUGCAAUGGUGCAGCCUACAGAGAUGCCCAUAUCAUUGGAGAUGCCCUCUUUCCCAAAGGGAGUCUUUUUUCAGUUGCUUUCCUAAGGUGGACUUGGCUAGCCUUUUCUGUGGUGAUCCGAGCCUGUGUCCUUUUGCUGAAGUUCGGCCCAUUGGUUUUGUUGUAUCCCUUUACCUACUUGUCUCCCAGCUUCAUGUCGCUCUGGAUCCAUCUUCUGCUAAAGGUUACAGAGUCCUCUGGGCCCACGUAUAUCAAGCUGGGCCAAUGGGCCAGCACAAGACGGGACCUCUUUUCUGAAGAAUUUUGUGUCAAGUUCUCCAAGCUUCACAUCAAAGUGAUUCCUCAUCCUUGGGCUUACACAGAGUAUUCCCUGGGGAAAGCAUUUGGGGUGGGCUGGGAGAGAGUCUUCAGAUUUGAAAGCCAGGAGCCUGUUGGAUCUGGUUGCAUUGCCCAAGUAUACAAAGCCUACAUGGACCUUUCUGCUGUUGGAGAGCCAGUGCUGAAAGAACUCUCAAAGAACUCUGUGUUGGAUUCCACCUUGGAAACCUGGGAGGUCUCCAGCCUGAAGGGACUCCUCAGGUGGCUUUGGAAGAGGAAGCAUAAAGGUGUUUUGGAAGGAUAUGGUGGGAAUCAGUUGCAUCAUGAAGAUGGCUUUCGAGAAGGUGCCAGUCAGAAUUCUGUUUCUGGGAAUCCUAGCAAACUGCUCUCCUCUGCCAAAAGGGAUUGCCUUAUUCCAGUAGCCAUUAAGGUAUUGCAUCCUGGAUUAGUUCAUCAGGUCCAAAUGGAUCUGUUUCUAAUGAAGACUGGCAGUCGAUUCCUUGAGCUUCUCCCUGGAAUCAAGUGGCUUAGCCUGACAGAAAUUGUGGAAGAGUUUGAAAAACUCAUGAUUCAGCAGAUCGACUUGCACUAUGAAGCAAGAAACCUGGAAAACUUCCGCCUUAACUUCCGCGAUGUGGACUAUGUGAAAUUCCCCAUUCCCCUUCAUCCUUUUGUAACAAGAAACAUCUUAGUGGAAACCUUUGAGGAAAGCAAGCCCAUAUCCCACUAUCUGCACACUGAGGCCACAAUGGAGCUGCGGCAGAAAAUAGCCAAGAUGGGUAUGGACAUGCUUCUAAAGAUGGUGUUUGUGGAUAACUUUGUCCACGCUGAUCUGCACCCUGGGAAUAUCUUGGUCCAAGGAGGAAAGUGCUCCGUUGACUGCCUUGAGGACCGGGCAGCCUCUGCGGACCUGUUGGACAUGCUGGUUUUGGAGGUGCAGCCUCCUUGCUCCCCGCUCCGAUUGGUGGUUCUUGAUGCAGGAAUUAUAGCAGCGCUGCAGGGGACCGACUUUGCGAACUUACGGGCCGUCUUCACUGCUGUGGUACUGGGGCAGGGGGAAAGAGUGGCAGAGCUAAUCCUUCAUCACUCCAGAGCAAACCGGUGCAAGGAUGUGGAGAGGUUCAAAGCUGACAUGGCAGAGCUGGUGACAAAGGCCAGGCACAACACUAUCGCACUGGGGAAGCUUCAAGUCGCAAGCCUGCUGUCCAGUGUUUUCAAGUUAUUGAUGACCCAUCAGGUGAGAACAUGUGAAGUUGGAGAGCAACUUUGCCUCGGUCAUCUUUGCCAUUAUGGUUUUAGAAGGCCUUGGCCGCUCACUUGACCCUGAACUGGACAUCCUGAAGGCAGCUAAACCAUUUCUCCUCAAACCUUCAAGUUCCCUCCUUGAGUAGCAAGAGAUGCUUGCUACUCAGUAGCAAGAGAUACUCACAUUGGCAUAUGUGGGCCUUAGCUCAUAAGUUUACCUCUGAAGUGGUCUCCAACCUUACAUCGAAAGUUGAAAGAUUUAACCGAGGAGCACUGUUCUACUGAUUCAUACUGGGAUGGGCACCAUUCUCUCUCGAUCCUGAAACUGAGGUCUAAUCCCUUACAGCAGGAACAAGUUGUCCCCCAGAUGCCAUUGGACUGUGACUCCUGCCUGUCCCAGCCAGCAUAGCCAAUCAUGUGAAGGGUGCUGGGAAUUGCAGCCCAACAGGUGGAGGGGUGUGUCUUCCCCCGUCCCUGGCUUUUGGAAUGCUCCAUUUCAAGGGCACGUCUUCGCCACCAAGGGCUAUGCAAUCUCUCAGCAAAGCUUUCAGUGUAAAUUGUGACCUUGAUGGUGCUGGCUGCUGUAAGAAAACACCUCUGGAAAGGUGAUUCUUCUAGCCAGCUUGAAUCAUUUGCACCAGGCUUAAGGGAAUCAGCCCCAUUUUACAACUUCAGCAUUAAUCCUACUCCCUCUUCAAGAAAUGGAAAGGCAGAGAUAACUUCCUUGUCAGACUGUAUAUUCAUUCACUGGAAAGCAAAUCAUAGUCAAUUAAUAUCACUGUGGUACAUUAUAAGGAAACACCUUCCCUUUUUUUAAGCUCUUGUGCAAGACUGCCAGUUGCUCUAAAACACAUUGAGAAGAGGAUAUUUUUAAAAUUCUGUGCUGCCUUCAUUCAAAAAGCAUUGAGGGUAACCAAAACAUUUAUUUUUAUAAACAGAUGUACUUCUAUAUAUAAUUGAUAUUGAAGAACUUGGAUUGAAUAAUAAAUGGUUUUAUCGAGGAA